AUGACCCGAUUUUCUGGAAAAGUUGCUUUGAUUACUGGAUCCUCCACUGGAAUCGGUAAAGCCACAGCUAUCCUAUUCGCUAAGGAAGGUGCCAAAGUUACCGUAACCGGAAGAAACACCCAAAGAUUCGAGGAGACGAAACAGGAGAUUCUGAAUGCUGGAAUUCCAGAAGACCACAUUUUGGCAAUUGCCACAAAUUUGGCUACAGAAGAGGGACAAGAUGAACUUAUCAAUGAAACAAUUAAGAAAUUCGGAAGACUGGAUAUUCUCGUUAACAAUGCAAUGCUGGAGCUCUUAACAAUGCUGGAGCUCUUUUCCAUGAUGCUCAGGGAAAAAAUGGGAUUGCUCAAGAUAUAUCGGAGUGUCGUUACUUUGACCCAGAAGGCUUUGAAGUUUUUGAUAGAGGCCAAGGGAGAGAUUGUGAAUGUCUCUAGUAUGGCAGCGGGACCACAGGCGCAACCAAGUGUGACCUACUACGCAAUGUCCAAAACUGCACUAGACCAAUUCACGAGAAGUAUUGCAAUCGAUCUUAUCCAACACGGAGUUCGUGUGAAUUCUGUGAGCCCUGGAGUCGUGAAAACUUCGUUUGGACUAAUUGAAGGAAUGCUGCAGGACAAGUACAAGACAACAGCAAUUUUAGAGCCGAAAUUCGCCAACAUUGAGAUCUGCCAUAAACAUCGCGGAAAUGUGAAAAAUAACACUGAAAAGAUAAAUGUGUCACUUCAAAGCAGCCUUUUCAGAUAA